UGAAAUAAAAUAAACACUGCAUUCCUCGAUACGUCUCUGUUCGACAGUCGAUUGCUCUCGCCCUCUCCUAGUCCGUGCAGGAGGAAGCGCUGAGGAGCAAACGCGCAUGCGCAGGUCAGUGAUGGACCGGACAGGGUCAUGGAUCUACUGUCCGGACUGUUGAACCGAGUCUGGCCGUUGACAAAUGAUAACAGGAGCAAAAAAAUGGAGGAGAAAGCGCUGGAAGUGUACGAUGUGAUUCGAACGAUUCGUGAUCCAGAGAAGCCCAACACUCUUGAGGAACUCGACGUGGUGACAGAAAAGUGUGUGGAGGUCCAGGAGCUCGGGGACGAUGAAUUUCUGAUAAUCAUCAAGUUUUCUCCGACCGUACCACAUUGCUCUCUGGCCACUCUGAUAGGUCUUUGCUUACAAGUGAAACUGCAGCGCUGCUUGCCGUUCAAACACAAGCUGGAGAUUUACAUAACGGAGGGAAUGCAUUCGACCGAGGAAGACAUUAACAAACAGAUCAAUGAUAAGGAGCGUGUGGCCGCCGCAAUGGAGAACCCCAACCUGCGUGAGAUUGUGGAACAGUGUGUAACCGAACCAGAUGAUUGAGCAUCUCUCUCUUUUACACACACACACACACACACACACAGACGGCUGUGAGCAAACCGCAGGAAUCCUGCUGAGAACAUGUCCAGGUCACAUUUCACCAUAAAAGUAUAAAAAAUUAGAAUUGAUAUUUGGCACCGUGGUGUUAUGACAAUUAAGCACAUUCACUUUUUUAGAACCUCUUAUUGUAAUCUAAACACAAUCUGAUAUUUUUGUGAAGCAUUCAUGCCGCAUGUAUUACUGUCAACACAACUAAGCAAAGUGUCAUUCCCUGAGUUUUGGGGUGAAAUGUGACCCGGAUGUUUCUGUGAGAUUGCGAUCCUGAAAGUUGUCUCUGUAAACUCACUGUGAGA